CUGAUAAAGUGAGCUAAAAUGAGCAAUUCUCACCUGAUAAGCCCCGAUUCUUUUAGUUCAGGUGGAUUUAGUUAAAAAUAUCCACGAGUCUGACGCAGUUUUAAAGGCACUCAACUUGAGUUUUGUAGUGUUGUCGUCGUGUUUCUGUUGAGGGGAUAUGAAGGCUCACAGCGGUGAGGUCGGAGUGUUUGUCCGGAUCAGACCAACGGCAAACUUCUCCCAAGACAUUAUUGAAUGUCUUCCUGACGGACAGACAGUGAAUAUUCAUCACAAGAAAGACACCAGGAAGCCCCUCUGCCCCAGAAGGAUUCAGCGGAGUUCCUGGUCAUUCCGACUGGAGGGCGUCCUGCAGGAUGUAUCCCAGGAAGAGGUGUACACCAGAGUUUGCAGACGGGUGGUGCUGGGAGCACUGGAUGGCUAUAAUGGUACUGUGCUGUGUUUUGGGCAGACGGGUGCAGGAAAGACAUACACCAUGACAGGCUCCACAGAAUCAUACAAGCAGAGAGGCAUCAUUCCUCGGGCCAUUCAGGAGGUGUUUCAGGAGGUGCAGAAAAGGACUGAGCACACUUUCUCUGUAUACCUGUCCUACUUGGAGAUCUACAAUGAGACCCUGGUGGACCUGCUGGCCUCGUUGCAAAGCUCAGCACACCCCAGUCCACGUAGUAUGGUGAUAAGUGAGGAGCCAGGCAGAGGAGUGUUCAUCAGAGGUCUGUCCCUUCACCCGGUCCACAGUGAGGAGGAGGCUCUGAACCUGCUGUUCGAGGGUGAGAUGAAUCGCGUUAUUGGAUCUCAUGCCUUGAACAGGAACUCCUCCAGGUCCCACUGUAUCUUCACUUUGCAUUUAGAGUCUCGCUCACGGACUCUGUCUGAUACCAAGUAUGUCACCUCCAAGUUGAACCUGGUGGACUUAGCUGGGUCAGAGAGGCUGGGAAAGACUGGGUCAGAGGGUCAGAUGUUCAAGGAAGCCAUGUACAUCAACAAGUCGUUGUCUUUCCUGGAGCAGGCCAUCCUGGCCCUGGCCGACCGUCGCAGAGACCACGUUCCCUUCAGACAGACUAAACUCACUCAUGCCCUCAAGGACUCAUUGGGAGGGAACUGCAACACUGUGCUUGUGGCAAACAUCUACGGUGAGGCGUCCCAGACAGAAGAAACACUCUCUACACUGCGUUUUGCCAGCAGAAUGAAGUGCAUCCGGACAAAUCCUGCUGUCAAUGAACACAUGGAUCCAGCUGCUCAGAUCAAGAAGCUAAAGAAGGACGUACAGAUGCUGAAAGAGGAACUGUCCUUCGGUAAUACAUUGGUGAACCGGCCCAGCGUACCGUACGAUCCGUUGUCUGAGGCCCAGCUGGCCGAGAUCGACAGCCAGGUUCAGAGGUACCUGGAGGGAAGCCUGAAGGAAAUCAGUAUCACAAGUGUCAGUCAGGUCCGAGCAUUAUUCGCCAAGUUCAAGCUGGCUGUGCACAGGGGACAGGAGCAGAAGGUGAAUGCUCGAUUACGUCAGACCUACAACUUGGGGGAGGAAGACCGAAGAGCUGAUACACCUGCUGUCAAGGAGUGGGAUACCAGAGGCAGCACUGAGGAAGAUGAGGCUGGCAGCUUUGAGGUGUCACACAAAAACACCCAGCGCCCGAGUUCAACCAGAGCCAAAACUAAAAAGUCUAAGGACAAACAGAGCCAAAGCAAGAGACAAGGAGAGGAGAGUCCGGUCUCUAAGAAGCAUUCGGACUCUGCCUCCAAACCAAAGCUGAAUACUGUCCAGAGCCCCGAAAGGGAACAGGAGUUACAGGAACCAGACACGGAGAGCCAGGAACCACAGGAGUCACAACCAAAUGGCAAAGAACCCUUUCACCCUGACUCUACUCUUACCAAAGCGGAAGCCUUUGAUGAUUUUAAAAUGGGCAGAGGCAGCAAGCUAAAUCGCAUCCUUCAGGAGAACAAGGCCGUGCUACUGGAGCGCCGCAGUCUUCAUCGGCAGCUAACUGACAAGGUCAACGCUGUGAAGAGAGAGAUCGACUGCACCGCGGCCACCAUGCAGCAGUACAGGGAGACGAGAGGAGGCCAAGGUCGGUAUUCGGAGCCAGAUGACACCUUAUUGAACCAGCUCAGAGAGCUGAAGGCCCUUUACCGGCAGAGAUAUGAGGUGCUGCACGAAAUCAAGGCAGAAAUCAACUACUGUCAGCACCUGGUGGAUCAGUGCAGGGUGCGCCUGCUAUCUGAAUUUGAGAAGUGGUAUAAAAAGUAUUCCCUGGUACCCGAGGAGGAUCUGGAGUCAUCUAUGGAUAACACCCUUGAUCAAGUGAGUCUUCCUGAGUGUGAUGAUAACCAGCUUCCUCCUGAGAGCUCCAGCUCUGAGUCCUUCCACAACGCCCGCUACACAAUGCUGAGAAGGAGGAACACCCGGUCGCUGUGCGUCACUCCAGAGCAGAGGAGCUCGUCUUCAGGGUCCAGACAGAGAACACUUCCUCAAAUCCCCCCCGUUAGCUAAGUGAGUUUAUGUAAAAACUACAUUAUGGUCUCCACAUCUUCUUUUCUCUUGGAGUUUUUCUUUAUUCAACCAGUGCAUUAAUCAAGCAAAAAAGACUCUACACAACAGAUCAGCUUCUUAAAUGAAAAGUAAAAUUUAUUAUUCCUGAACCACAAAAUAGACUUCUUUGGUUGUACAAAUUCACUAGUUACAGUCUUGUGAGCUCUAACCCUUGACCCUAGAACUUCUGACCCUUUCCCUCUGACAUAUUUGCAAGUAAAAGUCCCAAAAAAGAACUCGAGACAAAAGAAUAAACACAAAAACUUGAAACACUGCAUUAAUAAUGUAGUGAAACCCAUCUGAAAAAAAAGAAUGACCUACUGCAAGUAAAAAAAAAAAAGAUAUCAACCAUUGCAAAUGUUAUCAAACAAAC